AUGUCCCGCCCAAGCUAUCUGUGUAGACUAAGCCAGCAUUAUCCCAUCAGUCGCUUCUGCGCCUCGCAUCUGCCAGGCUGGGAGAACCAGGGUGAGCUCGUCUUCGUCACCUCGCGCGAGUGCCGCGAUAUCACACCGGAGGAAGCCUCCGAGUAUAUCCUCGGCUAUACAAUUGGUAAUGACCUCUCGUGCCGCUUCUUCCAGCUCCCCGAACAGUCCGGUGGACGGUUUUUCUACGCCAUGGACUUGGACAAGUUUGCUCCUAUCGGGUCGGUCCUCGUGAGCCCAACUAUUUUUGCCAAGGAGACAGCAUCGACAAGUCUCGUUACCAGGAUCAAUGGAGAAGUGAAGCAGAAUACGGUGAUUGAGAAAGAUAUGAUUUUUUUCCCAGAUGAAAUUCUCAGCUGGAUGAGUCAAAGCACAACCCUUCCGGCCUACACGAUAGUCAUGUCGGGAACCGGAGCGGGGGUGGGAAUAUUCCAGAAACCGCGGCAGCUAUUGCGAGAUGGUGACCAGAACAAGAUUGAUAUUUCGGGACUGGAAACGUUGAAGAAUAGGGUCAGGUUUAACGACGGGAAGGACUCUAUCAUGUGA